AUGGUACUGCACGGAUCUCUGCAGCUGCUGUGCCUCUUAGAAGCCAUCUCUUUACUGCCUUGUACUGAAGCUCUUCUGUGCUACGAGGCGACAGCGUCCGCCUUCAGAGCCGUGUCCUUGCAUAACUGGAAGUGGCUUCUGUUGAGGAGCAUGGUGUGCAAUCAGAGAGAGGGCUGCGAGGAGACCGUAGUGUUCAUCGAGACAGGGACCAGAAAGGGAGUGUUGAGUUUUAAAGGCUGCAGCUCCGCCUUUUCUUACCCUCCCCAAAUCUCCUACCUCGUGUCUCCACCCGGAGUGUCCGUCGCCUCUUACAGCCGCGUCUGCAGGUCCUACCUCUGCAACAAUCUAACCAACCUGGAGCCUUUUGUGAGACUCAAGGCCAGCCAACACAUGUCCACACUACCUUCUGCCAAAAGCUGUCCAACUUGCGUGGGCAAGCAUGACGAGGAAUGUCUUCCAAACUUUGUCACCACUGAGAAUUGCCCCUUUGCUGCUUCCUCGUGUUACAGUUCCACCUUACAAUUUCAGGCAGGGAAUCUCAAUACCACCUUCCUCAUCAUGGGCUGUGCUCGCGAAUCACACAAGCUUUUAGCAGAUUUUCAGCACAUUGGGAGCAUCAGAGUGACUGAGGUCAUCAACAUCUUAGACAAGUCUGAGGCUGUUGGUGCAGGGCACUGCAGUCAGAGCUCCCAUUGGGGUGUUCUCUUAUGCUUUCUUCCAAUCUUCAAAGACUGACCACCCAGCAGGACUGGAAAAAUAUCAGACCCUCCCCUUGCAUAAUUAAAUAAAAUCUCGGGAUUAUC